AUGGGCCAGUACUGGAGACUCGUUUGCUUAGACAAAAGACAGGCUACUGGCAGCUACGGUAAACUUGGCGAGUUUAUUUUUGAUGGCAGCAGCCCAAGAUAUAUUGCGAGAAUGCUAACUCGCGGCAUUUACUAUAUUCCCGAUAGGCCGUUGUCAGCGAGGCCGAUCAGCGAGCACACAACUAAUGUGGGUUCAGUAAUCGAGUCUCUACCAGACAUAGUGCUGGACACGAUCAUGCUGCACCUGCCGGUGGUUGACGUCUGGUGCUUUGCCCUGACUUGCUACCGCACGUUGGAAAUUGGCCGUCGCAACCUGGCUCGUUAUUUCAACUUCAAGGAGGGCAACAGGGUCUGGGCUGGAUGCCGCAUCAUUUGCGUCGGAGACUACAUUGAAGAUUACCCGCCUGGAGUUCUCACCGCUUCAGAGGAGGCAGAGUUGUCUGAGAAGAACCUGUUCCGCUUGGCUGAUGAUUUUGGGGAAGAUUGCAGCUAUGAAGAUCCAAUGAGCAGCUUUUGCGAACGCGUGUUGUUUUCUGGACACUACGGUUUAGCGAGAGAGCUUCUUCCCAAAUACAAGAUCAUGAGCCAGCAAGACAAAAGCUACAUACUUCGCAAUCUGACCACCAAGGAGUAUGUGCGCGCUGAAGCAUUCCACGACACGCUAGCCAAAUUCAAUAUUGGCGAUUUGAUUCUAUCGCGCAUAUGUUGGUCGUCAGAUGACUCGGUAGCCAUGGUUAACAAUGUCGAUAUCCACCGCGGCCUUUGGGCUGGCCACCGCCUUGAUGUAAGCACCAAGGACACUGUGGACGAUACUUGGAAGGACGCUACAGACAAGUCGUACGAAUGGGUCAAGUCAAUUUACGAAAACGAGUUUGGAAAGAUCAACAGCUAG